UAGUAGACAUUUUUAGGUUAAAUUAAAUGUGUUUUGAAUUAUUGUAAACGAAAACAUGGUUUUACUAAAGAAAAACGAUAACGAUUUAUACAUAAUUACUGCAGACAAUAUAAUUCGCUACGACAUUGAAAAAUCGAGUGAUAGUUACAAAAAAAUAGAAAACCCACCACCAGAUAAUCCGAAGCAAACCGAUGCUGUCAGCAAAGAUAACGGAAGCAUUAAUUCAUUAGAACUCUCACCUUCGAAAAAAUACAUAGUCGUAUCAACGGAAAACAAGCACAUUUUAAUUUACGACCCAGAUUUCAAAUUAAUCAAAAGAUUCGUAGCGAACCGAGCUCCUUGCAAGGCUUGUUUCACACCAUCCGAUGACCUUAUAGUAGCCGAUAAAACCGGAGAUGUUUACCUGUACAAACUACAAGACGACGAAAACAAACCUGAACUACUCCUCGGGCACCUAAGCGUGAUUUUAGACAUUACUUUCAGCGAAUGCGGUAAAUACAUCAUUACGAGCGACCGGGACGAGAAAAUCAGAGUGUCCCAUUUUCCCAAUUGCUAUAACAUAGCCAGUUACUGCUUGGGACACACCAACUUCGUUCAUAAAAUAAAUGUCGUAGAAAAUGUAUUAGUGUCUGGUUCCGGAGACGGGACAAUCAGGUUUUGGGAUUUCCUCGAAGGCAAGCAGUUAGGAAUCAUCGACAGUAAUGCGGAUAUCGAAAGAAAACAAUCAUUGCAAGAAUUUUCCGAACAAAUGGUUAAGGAAAAAGUGGAAAUAUCCGCUCUUCCGGUACUCGAUAUGCAAGUGUGUGCGAGUCAUUCUUCGUUAUACGUAGCCAUAUCUGUAUUUAAUUACGAUUGUAUUAACUUGUAUAGCGUAGAUGUUUCUAAUUUUAAACCGAAUUUAAUUCGUAAAUUACAAAUCGGUUGUUCGUUUAGUUUCUGUUUAAAAGAGGAUUUGUAUGUGUACGAUAAUAACUUAACGAGUUUUAAACUACCCGAUUUAAUUCGAAUCAACUCGAGUUUGGAUAAAAUUUGUGAAAAAUACAAUACCUUGUUCACACCGAUAGAUAAUAGCGGUUUUACUGUAUUAUACAAAAGAAAAUACGACAAUGUUCAGGAAUACUUAAAGAGAAAAAAGUUAAGAGGCAAAUAAAGU